AAAAAAAAGUACACAAAAGAAAUGAAUGGAAAUAGCACAAAUAAAAAGUGGGCAAUUCUCGCAGCCAGCCUAGGCCUGGUCUAUGUUCUUGUGCGUCACAGAUACUCUAUAAUUGGACAAAUGCGGCGCCGUAUUGUACUCCCGGGUGCCAGUAAUCCUCUUCGUUUCAAGCAGAUAGAAGUCCUCACCACGUCGCAAGAUGAGGCCACACAGAAAAUUAUAAAAGAGCUCAAAAGCCACUGCCAACGUUUUCAAGUCUUGGGAUUCGACUGUGAAUGGAUCACAGUUGGAGGUAGCCGGCGACCGGUUGCCCUACUCCAGCUCAGUUCCCAGUAUGGACUGUGCGCACUGUUCCGCCUGUGCUGCAUGAAGCAAAUUCCCAAAGACCUACGAGAGCUACUCGAAGACGAUGCUAUUGUCAAAGUUGGCGUGGCACCGCAGGCCGAUGCAAUGAAGCUUUCUCACGAUUAUGGAGUAGGCGUUGCCAGUACAUUGGAUCUACGAUUCCUGGCAGUUAUGGCAGGCCACAAGGCCGAGGGACUGGGCAAGCUCUCACACACUCAUUUGAAUUUCGUUCUGGAUAAGAACUGGCGAUUGGCCUGCUCCAAUUGGGAAGCCAAACAGCUGGAGGAAGUUCAAUUGAAUUACGCUGCCAACGAUGCUUUGGCUGCUGUGGCUAUAUUUCAAAAGUUAUGUCGAGAUUUGGAACCACGUGCGUUUUGGGACAUUCGCCCUCUAACAAGCGAGGAUUGGCUACCGAAAAUUCAACCAUUCAUUGAUGUGGAUUUCACCAAAGGCUUCUCAAUAGGCCUAUCUUCAUCCAAUGCAGGCGGAGGCACUGCGCCCUCCUCAUCUCCAAUGACAGCCAAAUCCAAACCGAAGAAGGUGAUGGUACCAGAGAAGCAAUACUGCCGCAAACUGGGAACACAGUCGAAAGCUUUUUAUGACAACUGCCUCUUGGAGGCACCAGAUGGCGAACUUUUAUGUACCAUUGAUCGGCGUAAAGCUUCCUGGUAUCUAAAUCAAAAUCUGGGCACCCAUAUUCCUGGGGAAACAUUUACUGUCCGCUUAAACUUUGAACCAGCUGGAAGGGCUGUUGGCGAGGUAGGUCGGUACUAUCAGACGCCAAAGGAGAAUCAGUGUGUAGUUUGUGGGCGCCGAGAUGCCUAUAUACGGAAGAAUGUUGUCCCACGAGAAUAUCGCAGACAUUUUCCGGAAGUCAUGAAAUCGCAUACGUCCCACGAUGUGCUCUUGUUGUGUCACACUUGCCAUCAGUUGAGCAAUGUUUCCGAUUUACGUAUACGCACCAAACUAGCCACCAAAUGUGACGCUCCAUUCAAGCAUGGCGAUGGCAUGGUGAAAUGCCACGAGGAUCCGAUCUUGAGACGAGUAAAAUCUGCUGGCAAAGCUUUAACCUACCAAAGCGAAAGGAUUCCUCAAGCAAGAAAGGCAGAAUUGCAUCAAAUCCUGUUGGAUUACUACAAAGAUUGCAAUGAGAUCACAGAUGAGCUGCUGAAAGAAGCUGCCAACAUUGACUAUCGUGUGGAGAAUGACGAUUACUGCCAGCAUGGGGAAAAAGUGGUCCAAAUGUAUCGCGAUCAGUUUGGCGGUCUCAUUGAAUUGGAACGCAUGUGGCGAGAGCAUUUCGUUCACACCAUGCAACCCAAAUAUCUGCCUUAUUUAUGGAAUGUUAAUCAUAAUGCAGAUCGCCUCGAAGUGCGGGCCAGUGAGGGAAGAGUCGACAAUGCUGAUUUACUGGUAGCUGGACUGCCAGCCAAGGCCAAUCUAAAUUCAAAACCUAAUCCAAAUCCUCAGUGAAAUGUUAAAUAUUUACAAAUUACAAAAGAACGCUCAAGUGCCUUAAUAAGUUUGUACUGAGUUUCGUACGUACUUAUGAUACUGCUUUAUUUAAAAAUAAAUAUAAAUACAUACAUUUAUUUAUAAGUAUA